AUGGCGCCUGUCAAUUGCCGCAAGGGAGUACAUACCCUUCCGGUAUCAAACUUUUAUCUAACCCAGAGCGUAGUACUGUCGAGUAUGAAUGACCGACCGAUUAUAUUCGUCUGCCAUAGUCUAGGAGGGCUGGUGUGCGAAGACUCGGGGUUGGGAUGGAACCAUCGUGAUAUGGCCAGGUUUGAAGGUCCUAAUGAUGCUGGGUUCGUGGCCGUCUGUGGGGAGCUGUGUCGCUGGGUGAGGGACAUGAAUUCGGCGAAGGACCGGGUACCUCUGGAAUCUCAGGCAUCCUCGCCUCCAGGCCCCUCACGGCCGCAGCCAAGCGGGGCGAGGAUGCACAGCAACAAUAACCGCCAGUACAAUGCCUCCGGGUCCGCCGUCCAGCACAACGUCCACGGCCACUACUUCAACGCCAACCGGGACCAGAAUUUCGGCACCAUCAUCAAGGGUGAUCAGCAUAUCCAUCAGACCAAAAGCGAACCACACGUGCCCCAUCACGUUAUUCACUUCCAACGUAAUGAGGCUUUCGUCCACCGCGAUGAUAUUUUGGAAGCCCUCGAAACCUUGAUUCCACACUCCUCUCAACAGUACCAGAGCGCUGCGCUCCACGGCCUUGGUGGUUCCGGUAAAACCCAAGUCGCCCUCUACUAUGCCUACCGCCGGUGCGACCCUGCGACUAAAAACAUGUGUUCUGUGUUUUGGGUUAAUGCCGAUACCGAGGCAACAUUUGUAGCAGAUUACAAGGCCAUUGCUAGACGCUUAAAAUUCUCGUCCGAUCUUGACGGUGAGGAUUUACUCAUAGCUGUGAAUGGCGAAGGGGAGUCCCAGACUUACGAGAUACACAAGCUCGUACAAGAGGCCGCGCGAUAUAGGCUCAGCACAGAUAACUCAGGAGGCAAGCUCGCAGUAACUUACCAUGCCCAGGGUCGGUAUGCCGAGGACGAAGAAAUUUCGGUUAAGGUGCUAGACCUUCGCAGGCAGACUCUCGGUGAGAUGCAUCCUGACACGAUCUACAGUAUGGCAUCUCUCGCAGCGACUUACCAUGCCCAGGGUCGGUAUGUCGAAGCUGAGCCGAUAAGGGUGAAGGCUUUAGACCUUCACAGGCAGGCUCUCGGCGAGAUGCAUCCUGACACGAUCUAUAGUAUGGCAUCUCUCGCAGGGACUUACUAUGCCCAAGGUCGGUAUGUUGAAGCUGAGCAGAUACAGGUGAAAGCUUUAGACCUUCGCAGGCAGGCUCUCGGUGAGAUGCAUCCUGACACGAUCCAUAGUAUGGCAUCUCUCGCAGUGACUUACUAUGGCCAGGGUCGGUAUGCUGAAGCUGAGCCGAUACAGGUGAAAGCUCUAGAGCUUCGCAGGCAGACUCUCGGCGAGAUGCAUCCUGCCACGAUCCGGAGUAUGUCAGACCUCGCUGUGACUUACCAUGAGCAGGGUCGGUAUGUUGAAGCUGAGCCGAUAAAGGUGAAAGCUCUAGACCUUCGCAGGCAGGCUUUCGGCGAGAUGCAUCCUGACACGAUCCGGAGUAUGACAUCCCUUGCAGCAACUUACCAUGCCCAGGGUCGGUAUGUUGAAGCCGAGCCGAUGAAGGCGAAAGCUCUAGACCUUUGCAAGCAAACUCUCGGCGAGAUGCAUCCUGACACGAUCCGGAGUAUGACAUCCCUUGCAGCAACUUACCAUGCCCAGGGUCGGUAUGUUGAAGCUGAGCCGAUACAGGCGAAAGCUCUAGACCUUUGCAAGCAGAUUCUCGGCGAGAUUCAUCCUGACACGAUCCGUAGUAUGCAAUCUCUAGCAGCGACUUACUAUGCCCAGGGUCGGUAUGCUGAGGAUGAACAAAUUUCAGUCAAGGUGCUAGACCUUCGCAGGCAGACUCUCGGCGAGAUGCAUCCUGAUACUCUUCACUCUAUGUACGAUCUAUCUGCUACCUGGAGUCGCUGUGGCCGCCUUGGGGACUCUAUAACCCUCAUGGAACAAUGCUUGGAUCUAAGGCGUACUGUGUUGGGAUCUCGGCAUCCCUUCACAAUCGAAACAGACACAGCCCUUCGUCGAUUGAGGCAGCGUGGGUGA